AUGAGCCGCGGCCGCAACUUCUUCCGCGCCAUGGUCCGCGCCCCGCCGACCGGAAGCCGCUCCGCCGCCGCCGGAAGCGGCCGGUGUCCCGCGCAAAGGCGUCCGGGCUCGGCCGGAAGUCAGUUGGAGGCCGGGCCGGCCAUGUCGCGGACGGAUGCGGGGAGGGCGGGGAGCUCGCGCCGGGGCGGGUGUCUGCGGCGUCCCCCGACAUGGGAGGUCUCGGACUCGGACGCCGAGGGCCCCGCGGGCGCGGAGGAGGGUGCGAGGGUGCCCGGCUCGGCAGAGGAGCGCAGGGCGGCGGCCAAGGCGCUGCGGCCCGAGCAGGCCCUGCGGCGCGUGGCGGUGCGCGUGGACCCAGCCGUUCUGGAAGAUGCUGGUGCUGGCAUCCUGCUGGAGGCCCUGAGCACUCUGGGCUGUGAGUACCAAGUGGAAACCCAGCGCCUGGCCCGGAGCCUCAGGUGGACCAGAGCAAAGCCGGAUUCUUGCCCCCGCACCGUGCCUUCUGAGGUGUGGGACGCGGGUGAACAACAGGAUUUCCUACUGCUCCUGGAGCCUGAGGAGUUUCUGCAGGGCGUCAACCAGCUGACCCAGACCUGUGGCCCACCCUGCUCGGUACCGUGGAUCUCUCCUGAGGGCUCCGCCAGCCCCCACGUAGCCGUCAUUGGGCUGGAUGCCUACCUGUGGUCUCACCAGCCCAGCAACAUCCACCAGACGAGGCAGCCGGAGACUGCAGCAGUGGCCCGUACGGCAGUGGCACUCAGCUGGCCCAGGGUGGAGGAGGCCCUGGUGCUCCUGCAGCUCUGGGCACACCUGGAUGUGCUGCUGGUGGCCUCCUGGCAGGACCUGAGUCGGCACGUGUGCGCGUUCACCAAGGCCUUCGCGCAGCGCCCCCUCAAGUGCGUGACCGCCACCCUGACUGGUGGCUGCAGCUGGGAGGGGGGACAGGAGUGCCUGGAGAGGCAGUACCGGGAGUCCCGUGCCUUUUCCUUCUGUGUGGCUGGACGCUGGGCAGGGGGUGAGCGAGUGGCAAGAGAUGGCACAGGGCUUCGGGGGGUCUGGUGGCGGCAGAUCAGGCAGUUCAACCGGGUCAGCCCGGCCGUGGCCGAUGCUAUUGUCACCGCCUUCCCCUCCCCCCGCCUUCUGCAGCAGGCCUACAGGACCUGCAACACAGAGCAGGAGCGCACGGCCCUCCUGGCUGACCUCCCCGUGAAGACGGGCGAUGGUGCGCGGCCCCGCAGGGUGGGCCCUGACCUUGCCCGCCGCAUCUGCCUCUUCUUGACCACGACCAGUCCUGAGCUCCUGCUGGACCUGGGCUCCUGACCACGUCCGCAGGACCAGAAGGGGGUACGCCGCCUGCCCUGCCUAGCAGGUUAACUGGAAACUACCACAGGCCGAGGGAAGGGAACAGCGCUGCAUGUGGGGGAUGGGAGGGUGGAGUGCUCAGUCAGGUCUGGCCCCCUGGCCCCGAGGGGGUGGUGCCGGGAGGAGCAGGAGAUGACGCUCUUGCCAGGAGCUGCCACGCUGGCUGGAGAGGGUGGCGGCGAGGUUCCCCUGCCCCGGGUCCUGUCCACGGCGGCUACGGGCCUGGUGCCCCAGCGGAAUGGUCAGGAAGGGGAAGAAGCGGUAAGACGGGGUCUUGCGG